AUGGGCAAGUCAGAAAGCCAGAUGGAUAUAACUGAAAUGAAUACUCCAAAACCAAAGAAGAAACUGCGAUGGAGUGGCCUGGAAAUAGGGCUAACUGUUGUAGUGAUUCUGCUAGCUAUUGUAGCAAUCACAAUGAUAGUUCUGUAUGCAACUUAUGAUGAUGGGGUUUGCAAGACAUCAGACUGUAUAAAAUCAGCAGCCCGAAUCAUUGAGAACAUGGACACGACUGCAGAGCCUUGUAACGAUUUUUACCAAUAUGCCUGUGGAGGAUGGCUUAAGAAGAACGUCAUUCCAGAAACCAGCUCCCGUUAUAGUAACUUUGACAUUUUAAGAGAUGAACUAGAAGUUGUUUUAAAAGAUGUCCUCGACACACCAAGAAGUAAUGAUAUAACAGCAGUGCAGAAGGCAAAAACUCUGUACAGUUCGUGCAUAAAUGAAACUACCAUUGAUAGCAGGGGUGGAACACCUUUAAUCAGACUGCUGCCAAAUGUAUCUGACUGGCCUGUAGCAACAAAUAACUGGGAGUCUUCCUAUGGUGCUGCUUGGACAGCUGAGACAGCUAUUGCAGAGCUGAACUCCAGAUAUGGGAAAAAAGUCCUUAUUAAUUUUUUUGUUGGCACGGAUGAUAAAAAUUCCACAACACAUAUCAUUCAUAUUGAUCAACCUGGACUCGGCCUGCCUUCUCGUGACUACUAUGAAUGCACUGGUGCAUACAAAGAGGCGUGUUCUGCCUAUGUUGAUUUCAUGAUUUCUGUAGCUAAACUAAUCCUACAAGAAAGAAACAUUUCUUUCAAUGAGACACAGAUUUCUGAAGAAAUGAAAAGAGUUAUGGACCUGGAGAAAGAGAUUGCUAAUGCAACAACAAAAUCUGAAGACAGAAACGAUCCGCUUCUGCUGUAUAAUAAAAUGACACUGGCACAACUCCAAAACAACUUUUCAUUGGAAAUCAAUCAUACGGUGUUCAACUGGUCAAAAUUCAUAAAUAAUAUAAUGUCAACUGUACAAAUUAAUGUUGAGAAUACAGAACAUGUGGUUGUUUAUGAUCCAGAAUACCUUACCAAGCUGAAGUCUAUUCUUAAUAAGUAUACUCCCAGAGAACUUCAAAAUUACAUGAUCUGGCGAUUUGUAAUGGAUCUGGUAAACAGCCUAAGCCGUAACUACAAAGACACAAGGAAUGCUUUCCGUAAGGCACUUUAUGGCACAACAUCAGAAACUGCUGUUUGGCGGCGCUGUGCAAACUAUGUCAAUGGCAACAUGGAAAAUGCAGUGGGACGAUUAUACGUAGAGGAAGCAUUUGCUGGAGACAGUAAACAUGUGGUUGAAGAAAUGAUUGCAGAUAUACGUGAUGUUUUUAUAAAAACCUUAGAUGAACUCACAUGGAUGGAUCUAGAAACCAAGAAGAAAGCAGAGCAAAAAGCAACAGCAAUUAGAGAGAGAAUCGGUUAUCCAGAUGAGAUCAUGACUGAUGACAAUAAGCUGAAUAGUGAGUACCAGGAGUUGAACUUCAAAGAAGAAGAAUACUUUGAAAACAUUAUUCAAAAUCUAGUAUUUACCCAGAAGAAAAGACUGAAAAAGCUCAGAGAAAAGGUGGACAAAGAGGAGUGGAUAAGUGGAGCUGCUGUUGUCAAUGCUUUUUAUUCUGCAAGUAGGAAUCAGAUAGUCUUUCCUGCUGGCAUUUUACAGCCCCCCUUCUUCAGUGCAUCUCAGCCCAAAUCUCUGAAUUAUGGUGGCAUAGGCAUGGUCAUCGGUCAUGAAAUCACACAUGGUUUUGAUGACAAUGGCAGAAAUUUUAAUGAGAAUGGAGACCUCAUAGACUGGUGGACUGAAGAAUCAGCACGCAAUUUUAAGGAGUUAUCCCAGUGUAUGGUGUACCAGUAUGGAAACUUUUCAUGGGACCUAGCAGGGGGACAGCAGCUGAGUGGAAUCAAUACCCUAGGAGAAAACAUUGCUGAUAACGGAGGUGUUAGACAAGCAUAUAAGGCCUAUGAAAAUUAUGUGAAAAAGAAUGGGAAAGAGAAACUUCUUCCUGGUCUUGACAUGAACCAUCAGCAGCUGUUUUUUCUGAAUUUUGCACAGGUAUGGUGUGGAACAUACAGACCAGAAUAUGCUGUGAACUCCAUCAAAACUGACGUGCACAGCCCAGGCAAAUUCAGGGUCAUAGGAUCAUUGCAAAACUCUCCGGAGUUUUCCGAAGCUUUUUCAUGUACCACGAAAAACUACAUGGAUCCUGCUAAAAAAUGCCGAGUUUGGUAA